AUGGAUAUUGAGGCAUUGAAGGAACAGUGGUCGGAGGUUGAAGAUCGAGAUGGACUCCGUCUUAGCUGGAAUGUCUUCCCCAGCUCUCGCAUGGAAGCUUCACGACUGGUUGUCCCCAUUGGUGCACUCUACACACCACUGAAAGAGAAACCUGACACUCCUGUUCUGCAAUUCGAACCAGUUGUUUGCAAGCAGCCAUGUCGAUCUGUCCUGAAUCCCUUCUGUCAAGUGGACGUGCGAGCGCGCCUCUGGAUUUGCCCGUUCUGUUUAUCUCGAAACCCCCUCCCUCCUCACUACAAGGACAUCACUCCGAGUGCCAUCCCUCCCGAACUUCAUACAGCCAAUACUACGAUCGAGUACAGGCUGUCGCGGCCGGCCCCGAGCCCCCCAAUAUUCUUGUAUGUUGUGGAUACUUGCCAGGAAGAGGACAGCUUGGCUUCACUCAAGGAAUCUCUUGUGAUGAGCUUGAGCCUGCUACCUGAAAAUGCCUUGGUGGGCUUAGUGACGUUCGGGACUAUGGCGCAAGUUCACGAGAUUGGCUACACAGAAUGUCCCAAGUCGUACGUAUUCAGGGGCAGCAAAGAUUAUUCCGCGAAACAGGUACAAGAGAUGCUUGGCUUGGUAUCUCCAGGCCUGCGCCCUGGUAUGCAACAACCAGUACCCGGUCGGCCAGUUCCGCCUAUGGGACCAGCUGCGCGAUUCCUCUUGCCCGUGUCGCAAUGCGAGUUUCAGCUCACGAAAGCUUUGGAGCAACUACAAAAGGACCCAUGGCCUGUUUCUAGCGAUAGGAGGAAUCUCAGAUGUACUGGGGUGGCUCUGAGUGUAGCUGUAGGACUCUUGGAGUCUUCCUUCCAAAAUGCUGGCGGACGCAUCAUGUUGUUUGCGGGCGGACCUGCAACUGAGGGACCGGGCCUUGUUGUCGGGCCAGAACUGAGAGAACCGAUUAGAUCGCAUCAUGAUAUCGAUCGAGACAACAUUAAAUACUACAAGAAGGCUCUAAAGUUCUACGACAACCUGGCUAAGAGAACCGCUCAUAACGGACACAUUAUCGAUAUCUUUGCAGGCUGUUUGGACCAAGUUGGUCUGCUGGAGAUGAAAGGGCUGUCAAACUCUACCGGUGGACAUAUGAUUCUGACUGAUAGUUUUACCUCGUCCAUGUUCAAGCAAUCGUUCGUCCGCGUUUUUGAGAAAGAUGCGGAUGACAAUCUUCUCAUGGGCUUCAAUGCUUCUCUUGAAGUUCUAACAACGAAAGAGUUGAAGGUUACCGGAUUAAUUGGGCACGCAGUAUCAAUGAACAAGAAAUCGACAUCGGUGGGCGAGACUGAGUGUGGCAUCGGUAAUACAUGUUCUUGGAAGAUGUGCGGUAUUGAUCCCAAGUCAAGUUACGGUAUAUAUUUCGAGAUUGCGAGCCAAGGCGGCCCUGCACAACAUCAACAAACGCCCCAAAAAGGCAUGAUGCAGUUUCUGACUUACUAUCAACAUUCAUCCGGCCAAUUUCAUCUACGGGUCACAACGGUCGCCCGGAAUCUCAGCGGCCCAGCUGGCGAUCCGGCCAUUGCACAAUCAUUUGAUCAAGAGACUGCUGCGGUUCUUAUGUCAAGAAUUGCCGUAUUUAAAGCCGACGUUGACGAUGGACCCGAUGUUCUACGAUGGGUGGACCGAAUGCUAAUUCGACUCUGCUCACGAUUUGCCGACUAUCGGAAGGAUGAUCCAUCAUCAUUCCGGUUGGAAAAGAACUUCACUCUCUAUCCACAGUUCAUGUUCCACCUGAGACGAAGCCAGUUCCUCCAAGUGUUCAACAACUCCCCAGAUGAGACUGCCUUCUAUAGACAUGUCCUUAAUCAUGAAGAUGUCAGCAACUCUCUCAUCAUGAUUCAGCCAACCUUGGACUCGUACACAUUCGAUCAGGAUGGCGGCCAACCAGUCCUCCUUGAUUCUACUUCGAUUCAGCCUACACACAUCCUCUUGCUGGAUACUUUCUUCCACAUUUUGAUCUUCCACGGAGAGACUGUCGCCGACUGGAGAAAGGCAGGUUACCAAGAGCAAGAGGGUUACGAGAACUUCGCCUCACUCCUCGAGCAACCGAAGGAGGAUGCUAGGGACCUUAUUACUGACCGGUUCCCACUACCCCGGUUCAUUGUCUGUGACGCGGGUGGCUCACAAGCACGCUUCUUGCUAUCUAAGCUUAACCCCUCCACGACUCACACCACCGGCGCUUAUGGUGGUGUUGGUGCACAGACUGCGCAGACCAUUUUCACGGACGAUGUUUCUCUCCAGACCUUCAUGGACCAUUUGAUGAAGCUUGCGGUUAGCGGUACCAACUGA